AUGGCCUUACAGAGUACAGAUCUUAUUCCACAGGCAUUUGGCCUCAUCAAGGGAACCAAAGUUGGUAUUGUCAUUGACGUGUCAGCCGUCAGCAGUGGCUCUCAGAAAGAGGAAUUCCAGACUGACUUCCUGGACCUCAUUGAGGAGCAGCUGAGCCACAAGGAGAAGCUGUAUGUCCUGUCCUUCGGCUCCACCACCAGCGCCCUCUGGCCAGACCCGGUGGGAGUCAGCUCUUCCACCCUCCAGGAACUCAGGCUCUGGGUAAAGAAGCUGCAGCCUGACGGAGGCAGCAAUUUGCUACAAGCCCUGAGGAAGAUCUUCACCCUGAAGGGGCUGAAUUCUCUGGUGACCAUAAUGGGAAGCUGCCCAGAUCAGCCUUCUGAAAUUCUGUCCAGCUACAUCCAACAGUCCACCAUGGGAAAGGGCCUCAUCACCCACAUCGUCACCUACAAAUGCAACAAUCAGGUGCCCCUUGCUGUCCUAAAGAACCUUGCAGAAGCUCUUGGGGGCUACCACCACUGCUACAGCCCAGAAACAGAGGUCUACACCAGCUGGGACAUGGACCAGCUGCUGGAAGAAAUCCAGAAAGCCCAGAGCCUCCUGGGCCACCUCCAAGCCUUGCGCCACAGGACCCCCUGUGAGGAGCUAACCAGCAUGAUGAAGGAGAUUUCCACAGAGAUUGCAAAAGGUCCACUCACAGGUCUCUUGCCUAAACCCCCAAAGCAUGAGGGUCCCCUCACAAUUGAGUUCCCAAACUUGGACAAGACUUCUGCAGAAUGGCUAAAGAUCAAUGGCCUAAAAGCCAAAAAGCUAAGCCUUUAUCAGGUUCUGGCACCCAAUGCAUUCUCUCCUGUGAAGGAAUUUGUGCCUAUUCUCCAGAAAACAGUAUCUUCAACUAUCCAUGAGAGGGCAAUGGUCCAGUUUGAAUGGCAUGACGGGACAGUGAAGAAUGUUCACGUGGACCUGCCCUUCCUCUGUGAGUACCAGAAACAGCUCAGCAGAGCUCUGCGGAUGUACGAGAGACGGAUCGAGUGGCUCUCCUUGGCCAGCCGAAGAAUCUGGGGCACCGUCUGUGAAAAAAGGUACCUUCCCUCAAGUAGUGCUCUUGUCCUUUCUGAGUCCCAUGUGUGA